AGAAAACAAUCAACUCCGGUCCCCGCCGCAAGAUGCAUAUCGAAUCGAUACCCAUGAGGGUGGGAACUGGUGACAAUUAUGCCUACCUCGUCACCGAUGACAAAACCAAAAAAGCGGUCAUCAUCGAUCCUGCGUACACAGACGAGGUGAUCCCAACGCUGAAAAAGGCCAAAGACAAUGGCAUCAAGAUCAUCAAUAUCGUCAACACCCAUCAUCACGGCGACCAUGCUGGCGGUAACGAGAAGAUCAUUGAAGCGUUCCCGUCGGACAAUCUUACCGUGAUCGGUGGCAAGGAGUGUUUGAAGGUGAAACAUGUGCCUGAGCACGGCGAAACUUUCACCAUUGGCGACAAUAUCAAGGUCACUGCCUACCACACGCCGUGUCAUACCCAGGACAGCAUCUGCUACCUGUUCGAAGACGGCUCAGAUCGUGCGGUGUUUACUGGCGACACUCUGUUCAUCGGCGGAUGCGGUCGUUUCUUUGAAGGCUCGGCCGCGGAGAUGGACAAGGCUCUCAACCAAACCCUGGCAGCUUUACCCGAUGACACAAAGGUUUAUCCGGGUCACGAAUACACCAAAGGCAACAUCAAAUUCGGCAUGAAGGUCCUGCAGUCGGAAGCGGUGAAGAAGCUAGAGGCUUUUGCUUCAGCGAACAAGGAGACCCAGGGCAAAUUCACCAUCGGAGACGAGAAGAAGCACAACGUUUUCAUGCGCUUAGAGGAUCCCGAGGUGCAAAAGUUCACGGGCAAAACAGAACGUGUCGAGGUGAUGGCAGCCUUGCGAGAGGCCAAGAAUUCCAUGUAAUUUUAGGCUCAAAGUAGUCCACAACAGACAGUCAUGAUUGAAAGCCUUGCUCUUUGAGAAAGUGACUGUGCAGGUUGGACACAUAGCAUGCCCGUGUGGACCUUUCCCGCUGGUCUAUCAUGCUUCGGGGCCAGUACGUCGCAAGAACCCAUGGAUCGUUCAAUGCCCUCCUGAGUUGGCAUCGAUCG